AUGGCACGACUCAUUGCAUUCGGACUCUCCAUCUUCGUUGCUUUGGUAGCCUUGUUAGGCACGAGCUUCUUGCCCUCAGUCAGACAUGUCUGGUCGUAUUACCACGAUACGCCGCAUGAAUCCGGGAACCACGAACUCCCUGAGCCUGCGAAGCCAGUUGCAAGAAUAUUUUUAUACGACCCUCUCAUUAUCCACAUCGCGGACCUGAUCACGCCUGACGAGCGUAAAUAUCUCCGGGAGUUGGCGUAUGACUUUGUUCCCAUGGCAUAUUCCAAGUUCAAUGCCCUAACACUUCACUUUCAAACUAGUCUGCCGCGCCUGAAACGAUCGUCCGUUGACCUGGACGGCGCGAUAGCCGAGCAGAGUAGACGCACAAACUCGACAGCCUUCCUGCCCUUCGAUGAUGUAGCUAUUCGACGCAUAAUGGCGCGAGUCAACGAGUUUCAAGGCUACAUGGAACACUACCGAAUCAACGUGCAAAUUACCAGUUACCAGGAAGGCCAGGAAUAUCGCCCUCACUUUGACUGGUACGAAGACGACGAGUAUCAUAUCAAUCACUUCUCCACGAUUUUCGCCAUUCUGGAAGCCAGCUGUGAACACUGUGGCACUCAAUUUCCGAGGAUCAAGGUCGACUGGACUAAGCGUGAUAAGAAGUGGUGCGAAUAUCUUGACUGCUCGCAGAAUGUCUUGACCACCAAGAACAUAAACAGUUCUGCCCUGUUCUGGCGCAAUCUGGAUGACAACCUGCGCGGCCGCCCGGACACAUUGCAUGCAGGGCUUCCAGCUAAAGACGGAUCCAAGAUGGGCCUCAACAUAUGGACAGAGAUUGCGACCUCAUAG